AUCGGGACUGGUGGUGGUGGUGGUGGUAGUGCAGAUUGUGCUCCCCGCACCAAGGACGGGACUUACUCUAAGUGGACGGAGGCAAGGAGGAAGAAAUACUGAAGGCGCUAGACGAGGCAGCAGCUGAGGGUUCCUGGGGGUACGUGCCUCUGAGUGGGCCUUACAUUGACGUCAAUCACUCUGGGAACAUCACAGCGCGGCUGGGAUCCACGGCCAUACUCAACUGCAGGAUUCUCUACAUCGUCGGAAAAGCGGUGUCUUGGAUGAGGAGCCGCGACCUCCACCUGCUCACCGUGGGUCGCUUCACCUACACCAGCGAUCAGAGAUUCAAGGCUGUGCAUCAGGCGGGCUCUCAGGACUGGUUAUUGAAAAUAUUCUACGUGCAGCUUCGUGACGCUGGCCAGUAUGAAUGCCAGGUGGGGACGACUCCUCCCUUGACUCACAGCAUCUGGCUAUCUGUUAUGGAACCAGAGACGGUGGUGUUUGGUGGGCCAGAUCUCUACAUCAACGCAGGGUCGGCCAUCAACCUAACGUGUGUAGUGAAGCACAGCCCAAAGCCCACGCCUUACAUAUUUUGGUAUCAUGACGAAGUGAUGCUGAACCUCGAUUUUGGGCCAGAAGUGAUCGUAACGGUGUCCUCGGAAAAUGACCACGACACCAUUUCUCGGCUGCUCAUUCGCUCUGCCGCGCCUCGCAAUUCAGGGCAGUACAAAUGUGUGCCAGCCACUGCUCCUCCGCACGCCAUCACCGUCCACGUCAUCAACAGUGAUAAACCGGCAGCCAUCCACCAUAAGAACACUACUUCCAACUCUUCGUCGGGGAGUGGUUCUGGCCACAUGCCAUCAGUAUCCUUACAGGUUUUUCUGGUAGGUCUCCUUCCACUGACGUUAACCAGCGCAGUUAGUGACUUAAUCGAAAUCCUAAGUGGAACAGUGGCUUGGUGGCGGGCGUGGACAGUGGUUCGGCUGGGCGUCUGUCGCUGGUGGCAAAGCGACUGGUGGUGGCGGAGGGGAAGAGCUGCCAUCUCACCAUCGUAUUGUUUCAUAAACAGAUAGAACAAUACUAAAAAUGAAAAGAAAACUAGAUUUUCCUAUCAUAUGAAAUAUAUUUUCUUCUUAUAAUUAGGACUAGUAUAUUACAGCUGCUCCGAAUGAAUUGAUAUCUGGCGAAGAAAUCACUACAAUAUUUAUUUCUAAGUCAGUAACUCACGACACUAUGUUAAGCUAGUAUUAUGUCUGACGCUAAAUACCAAGCUAAGAAGUUUCCCAAAUGCAGAGGAAAACCUCAGCCUUCCCAUCACCGUACAUUUCUUUAUACUCACUCUUUUUUUCUUUCAUUCUUCUCGCUUCUUUUAUAUUCAUCUCUUUCUUUCCAGUUUCUUGGUGCCUCGCUAUGAGUUUACUUAAGUGUUAUAUAUAUAUAUAUAUAUAUAUAUAUAUAUAUAUAUAUAUAUAUAUAUAUAUAUAUAUAUAUAUAUAUAUAUAUAUAUAUAUAUAUAUAUAUAUAUAUAUAUAUAUAUAUAUAUAUAUAUAUAUAUACAGGGCAGCCCCUGACCAAAUUGGGGCCCUAAGGGAUAUUUUAUUUGGAGGCACCCCACCACCUUUCCCCAUCCCAAAUGUAUCAUAGGAACAAAAUGACCGUAUAACAACACGCCAUUUAACUUGACAACCUUUAUUAGUAGUAACAAAUGUACUGCAAGUAUAGAUACAGUAGUGUGGCUGUAUGCGCAUAUGCGCAAAUGCGUCCCUCCAUGGAAGAUGAGGCCCUACGCACAGCCCGUGUUCUGCGUUUAGGG